AUGCCGAAGCGAAAGGGAGGAGCUGGUAAACAACAGAGGGCGGCGGGACAGAACGGAGGAGUGGCGGCGACGGGGGGCGAAUGGAAGGAGGUAGAGAAGCUGGCCACCGAGGUGGCCCUCCAUCCGGAGGCCUUCGUCGGCGGUGAUGAGGCCCUCUCGCAUCGGCUCGCCCAGGCCACCAAGCAUCUGUUCGAUCUCAGCCGACGUUGGGAAAACACGUCCAUGACACAGCACGGCGGUCCGCUCAGGGAGCUGACGCUGGACGGCUUCGACUCGGAGCAGGUGUGGGAGCAGCUGGCCCUCCACCACACUCCGCUCCUCCGCCAUCUCCGCCGUCAGAGCUACAACCUCGCCGCCGCCUCCGAAAAGCGGCCCCGCACCUUCUUCCCCUUCGUCGGGCGCGAGCCGGAGGUGGUCAAGGAACAGCACAUGGAAGAGGAAGACGAGAGCGAAGACAUGGAAGAGGAGGAGGAGGAAGAGAAGGCAAUGGUCAAUGGCGACGAAGGCGAAGCCGCCGACGAUGAUGAAGAGGAGGAGAGCCUCGAGAACGGGAGCCUCGAUGCUGACGUCACCGGCGAGGAAGACGAGGAUGAAGGCGACGACGUGGACGAAGAGGAGGAUGACGUCGAAGAAAACGAAGACAAAGAAAGCAAGAACACGAAAGCGACGAAGCAGCAGCAGCAAACGGGGAAGAAGCAGAAGAAGCAGGUGAAGGACCGGUUCUUCAGCUUUGACGACAUGGAGCGCUUCAUCGAGGAGGGCGAGCUCGCGGCCGAGAAGGAGCGGGACGAGGAGGACGGCAUCGCGCGGAGCGACGACGACGACGACUUGGACGGCGGGCUCGCCGACGAUCUGGAGGACAUCGAGGCCGAGGACGAGGAGGGCGCCCUCGAUAUGGAGUUGAUGGGCGGCGACUUCGAUGAAGAUGAAGACGAUGAAGACGACGACGGUGGUGGCGAUGAUGAUGAUGGUGACGAGAGCGCGCUGGGCGGCGGCAUCAAGUACGAUCAGUUCUUCGACGCGCCGGAGGGCAACAACAACAACAACAACACCAACAAGAAGAGCAGCAACAAGAAGAAGGGGCUGGAGGAGAAGAUCGCGGAGCUCGAGGACCAGAUCGUGGGCGCGAAGCCGUGGCAGCUGCGGGGCGAGGUCGACAGCCGCAAGCGGCCCCUCAACUCGCUGCUCGAGGAACACGUCGAGUUCGAGACGGCCAUCAAGCAGGCGCCGGUGAUCACCGAGGAGGUCACGAUGGCGCUGGAGGACAUCAUCAAGCGACGCAUCGUCGAGGGCUCGUUCGACGACGUCGUGCGGCGCGAGGAGGACGAGAUCGACACGCGCAAGCCGCGGCCCGAGCUCGACUUUGCCAAGAGCCAGAAGUCGCUGGCCGAGCUCUACGAGGACGAGUACCUCAAGUCGGUCGACAAGGCCAACGCGGCCAACGAGAAGCCGCAGCUCGCCGCCGUGCUCGAGCAGAAGCGCUCCAAGGACCAGGAGGAGGUGCUCCGUCGGUUCGCCCACCUGGCCUACAAGCUCGACGCCCUCUCCAACUUCCACUUCACCCCGCGGCCCGUCGUGCCCGACCUGGCGGUCAAGGAGAACGUGGCCGCCAUUCGCAUGGAGGAGAUCAUCCCCAUCGGCGUGAGCGACUCGUCGCUGCUCGCCCCGCAGGAGAUCUUCGCCGUCGACAGGAAGACCAGCGCACUCCCCUCCAACGACUCGGCCUCCCAGAAGAAGCUCCGCCGCAAGAAGAGGAAACACACCGGCUCCAAGGUGAACAACGGCAUGCCCAAGGGCAAGAACGUGAAGCGGGCGGAGAAGGUGGUGGGCGGGCCGAUGACGUCGACGAAGCUCUUCAAGCAGCUCACCCAGGAGAACCAGGCGGCCAAGGGCGGCAAGCUCCCCACCAAGGCCCCGCGCCAGCAGGACGCCCCCACGGGGGCCCGGAAGGACACCGGCUUCAAGCUCUAA